AUGACUGAAACGACUAGACUGCAUAUCACACCCUUCACCCCAGACAUUCUUCCUUCCGUGCUACCAGCAUCCAUUCGUAGCUUGGCCACAGAAAUCUCCUUCCACGAAAUCGCUACCUUUCCUGAAAAAAACUACGGAUACGUCACUUUACCGACUAUGGAGGCCGACAAGAUCAAGAAGAAGUUGAAUGGCUCAAUUCUCAAGGGCAAGAAGUUCAAAGUGGAGCCUGCUCGCCCUCAAAAGAGACACCGGGACGAGGAAGAGGUGGUUCCUGAAACAUCCAGCACCAAGAAGAAGUCGAAGAAGUCGAAGAAGCAAGAGCCAGAGGAUGGAUUGGUAGAGGGCUUCGAGCUUCCCGCAGACCGAAAAGUGAAGAGAGGCUGGACCGAAUCCAGCGAUGCCAAGCAGGAGCGACGCAAGAAAGAGAAGAGAGACAAGAAGGACAAGGAGGAGAAAUUGCAACCCAAGUCCAAGUACACCGACAAGUCCGAAUGUCUGUUCCGAGCAAAUGUUCCCCCCAACCGAGUCUCCGAUGCAGCUGCCGACGACAAGAAAUCCAAGAAGAAGAAGUCUUCCAAAGAGACUGUCGUUCAUGAGUUUGCGAAGACAGUGACUCAACCAAGCUUCUUGCGCACUGUGGAGGAGACUGGACCGCUCACAGCUACCUUUGAAGAAGGCAAAGGCUGGGUGAACGCCGAUGGUACUCUGAGAGAAUCCGCCAAUGAAAAGAUCAAGAAGGACAACUACCGACCAGGGCAAGUUCCAGGGACCAAGGAGAAGCGCCGCGCUGUCAAAGAAUCCGCCAAGACCGACAAGAAAAAGCGUUCGCGGAAAGAAAAGACCCCGGAAGAUUCAUCAGAGUCUGAAGAUUAUACUUCAUCAAGUGGAUCAUCUUCGGACGACAGCAGUGACUCGGAGAGUGAUGAUGAAUCCAGCGUUGAGAUUCUAGAUGAGGCUUCCAAGGAAGAGGAUACUACGCCGCAAGCCACCACGGAAGAGAAGGAAGAUUCCCCAGAAGCCGCUGACUCUGAUGUUGAGAUGCCCGAAAAAUCGGACUCGGAUGAUGUAGCCAGCGAGGCCGUGAAAGAACUGGAACAGGAUUCAGCACCCAAGGAAGUCCAUCCACUGGAGGCUCUUUUCAAGCGUGCCCCCACAACAGCAGCUGAGGCGCAAUCAGCCCCAGAGACCGAUGCUGGCUUUAGUUUCUUUGGCAACGACGUUGAGUCAGAAAAUGAAUCUCAAUCUGCUGAGCCACAGACACCGUUCACACCUUUCACAAAGUAUGAUCUGCAAGACCGGGGCCAGCGCAGCGCAGCCCCUACCCCUGAUACUACAGCUGCCACCAAGCACAUGAAAUGGGAUGAAGAGAACGAUUCAGAUGAUUCAUCUAUUGAUAGCCCCGUCAAGCCUCGCACAGAAGCUGGCGCAGACAAAGAUGAAACCGAAUUCACCAAGUGGUUCUGGGAGAACCGUGGUGACAACAACCGCGCCUGGAAGAAGAGGAGACGUGAUGCUGCCAAGGAACAGAGACAGAGAGAUAACCGCAAGAAGGGAAUCAAGGGCAAGUCAUGA